AUGUCCACAUCUAAUAAUAAAACCAUUACCAGUUCAAAAACUGCGGCACACAUUCCAUGUAAAUUUGAAGUUACACCAUCGAUAGACCCCAAAAAUAAAAAUAAUCAUCUCACUUUUAUCCCAACCGAUAAAAAUUCAAAUAAUCCAAACCUUAGCAUAAUCAAAAAAUCAGCAGAUGAUGAUAUGGAGUCAAGACCAUUAUGUAUUGUUUUGGGCUGGAUGGGAAGCACCCAAAAACUUUUAAUUAAAUAUAUCAAUUUAUGGACCUCAAGAGGUUUUAAUACACUUUCAUAUAGAGCAGAUUAUUUCGAAAUUUUAUCAAUUUUUGGUAUCAGACGAAAAGCAGAGGUUAUGUUAAAACAAAUCGCAAACUAUUUAAAAGAAAGACCAAAUUGUGAUUCUGUUAUAUUUCAUAUCUUUUCAAAUGGUGGUGGUUUUCUUUAUUGGACAUUCAUUGAAUAUAUGUUAGGAAUGGAAGAGUACAAAUCUAUUCACCCAAUGAUCAAAGGUGUAGUUAUGGACAGUUUACCAACAUUUACAAAUAAACAACUUUUCACUGGUUUUUGGACUUUAGCAAAACCAAUGGGAGGUGGUAUUGGAACAUAUAUGGCAUUACCCUUAACCGCUGCAGUUUGGUUUCCAUAUUUUGUUUUAUAUAGAAAAUAUUUAACCCAUCCAAAGAACCAAUAUGUUCACACAAUUUUAUAUUCAACCGAUGAUAAAUUAAUACCUGGCAGUGAAGUCGAAGAAUUUAUUAAAAGAUUAAAACAAUAUAUUAGAGAUGACUUAAUCCAUAUCCAACACUGGGAAAAAUCGGAACACGUUAGUCAUCUUAGACACCACACCAAAGAUUAUAUUAGAAAUAUAAACCAAUUUCUUGUUGCUGUUCAAGCUGAGGAAAAAAGAAAAACCCUUCCACAAGCUAAAUUAUAA